AUGACUACAGCCUCGGGUGUCAAUGAAGACACCUCCGACCACUCGAUACCCUCCGCAUCGAACGCCCCCGAUUCGUCCCAGCAAGCCGCCCGGAGCGACUCCCCCGCAAACCACAUUGAAAAACAGGACAGUGCGGCGUCCCCGCCCGGGACGUCAAGACCGGUCGCGGAGUCUCAGCAAGUUCCCCAGGCAUUGGACGAAGUUGAUGACUUUGGUCUGCCCAUUCGAACCCGCCGAAAGCCCGAACCAGCUCCAUUCGAGCCCUCCGCAGGAGAUAACACCGGUCAUGGCCCCGAAGCAGCUGCGGGGUCGACCGCAUACAGUGAUACAGUGAAAAAGACGGCCGGACCUGAACCCACACAGGAAGAGCCGGAGCGAGAGACGCCCCUUGAGCCAAUGAACGGGAACACCCCAGAGCCCAAACGCCUGGAGACUCAGGAAGGUGCCCCUGCGCCCUCGGAGAAUCCGCCAACGGUGGGAACCUCUGAUAAACCUCGAUCUUCGAUCUCCAAGCAAAAGCCCCCUCAGGUGUCGGAAUGGUCGCACCAGCGACUCGCACAACCCGGUGCGCACCAAGCGGAGAGUGAUGACGAAGAGGAAGAGCCCGACGAAUGGACGACGAUGCCUGCCCUGGGAGAAUUUGACUACUACGACGACUACGGGAGGCUCAUUGCCCGCGGGGCCAAAGAAGAAAGCGAUGAGGCAGUAUACCAAGGGCUUGGAGGCGCGGGGAGGGGAUAUACUCGGGUACAGCUUGAUGAAGACGCUCAGUCGGCCACAAGUCUGGAUGAGGAUACAAGCUAUCUGUUUCGGGAUACAGGUGACAACUCCGCUGGUCUUGUCGGAGAGGAGUUGCGAGACUCUAUGAGUCAACUCCAGGCCACAAAAGAUCUUCUCAAUGAAACCCAGAAAAUCGCCUACGUAGGUGUUGUGCGACUGUCAAUCCACACCAUGAACCGUGAUUUGGCGUCGAUCGCUACUACGAAAUCUACUCGCAAAACCAUGCAGAAGGCGUCGGAUGCCAUGCGGAAGUGGGGCCAGGCAAUCAUGGCUCGCGUCUAUGCCCAUAUGGACAUCGACUCGGCCGAGCAGAUCAUGAUCGAACAACUUGCUGGUCAUGGUGUGCAGCCUGAAGAUCUCGUUCCGCCUCUCAUGCAGAACGCGAGGGUGAAGAACCCCAUGGCGGAAAGUAAGCCUAAAAGCUCCAUAUCGAGUCUGAAAGGCGAUCGUUUAUCGAGUAGGCUCUCUGCGGAGACCGCUUCCUCCGAACUAGACCCUCCACCACCAUAUGAGGCUCAUGAGACUGAGGAGCCACCUGAGGUUACAACUCCCUCUCAGAUGCCAACCUCUGAUCGCAUCGACAUUGACCUCCGUUGGACAGUACUCUGUGACUUGUUCCUUGUGCUGAUCGCAGACUCAGCGUAUGACGCACGGUCCCGAACUCUCCUGGAAAAGGUCGGUGCAGCCUUGGAAGUUACAUGGCUGCAGAUCUCGCGAUUCGAGAAGCGUGUCACAGACUCCCUCGAAAUGCAAGAACAAUCUGAGAAGGAGAACUGGGACGAGUCCGAUCAUAUGGAGAAGCGUCGCAAAAUGGCGCUGAAGCGAAAAUAUAUGAUCAUGGGCUUAGCCACUGUGGGUGGUGGUCUGGUCAUCGGACUUUCUGCUGGAUUGCUUGCACCAGUGAUCGGAGCCGGUCUCGCGGCUGGUUUCACCACCGUGGGUAUCUCGGGAACGAGCGCGUUUCUGGGAGGCGCCGGAGGUACUGCCUUGAUUGCAUCCAGUGCUACGUUGGGUGGAAGCACCAUUGGAAUGAGAGCUUCGCAUCGACGUACCGGUGCGGUUUCAACUUUCGAAUACCGGCCUCUGCACAAUAAUAAGAAGGUGAACCUGAUCGUGACGGUCUCCGGAUGGAUGACUGGCAAAGUCGAUGAUGUUCGUCUACCAUUCAGUACUGUAGAUCCCAUCAUGGGUGACAUCUAUUCUGUACUUUGGGAGCCUGAGAUGCUUCGAAGUAUGGGUGACACGAUUAAUAUUUUGGCAACAGAGGCACUGACACAAGGUCUACAACAAGUCCUGGGAAGCACUGUGCUGAUGGCACUGAUGGCAUCCUUACAACUACCUCUUGUUCUCACUAAACUCGCAUAUCUGAUUGACAACCCCUGGAUUGUCUCACUGGCGCGCGCCAACUCGGCCGGCCUUGUCAUGGCCGACUCGCUUCAGGAGCGUAACCUUGGCAAUCGGCCCGUCACAUUGCUGGGUUUCUCGCUCGGCGCGCGUGUGAUUUUCUCUUGCCUCAAAGAGCUUGCUGAUAAAGGUGCCCACGGGCUUGUUCAGAAUGUGUACUUAUUUGGAUCGCCUGUGGUCGCGAACAAGGAUGAAUACCUCAAAGCUCGCAGUGUUGUGUCCGGCCGUUUCGUGAAUGGGUAUGCCACCAAUGACUGGAUUCUGGGAUACCUGUUCCGCGCGACCAGUGGCGGCAUCAUGAAAGUUGCCGGUCUUGCGGCAGUAGAGGGCAUCCCGGGCAUUGAGAACUUUGACAUUACCUCGCUUGUAAACGGGCACAUGGACUAUCGUACUGCCAUGCCCCGCAUCCUGAGGGAAGUUGGCUGGGAGGUUCUCGAGGAUGAGUUCGCUGAAAUUGAAGAUCCGGACCCCGACAACCACGCCGAACGACAGCGUGAACUGAUCCGCGAGAUUGACGAAGCUCGACGGGAGGCAGAAGCCAAGCCUGAGAAGAAGCGAUUCGGUCUUUUCAAACGGGGCAAGAUGGCAGAGAAGAAGAAAUGGGAGACAUACGACGUCGAUCGAAACAACAGUCCAGACGAGACUUCUGAUCUCAACAGCAGCCCUGGCACUGUCCUCUUCGAUAUCGAGGCCAUUCGAGCGGAGCUACAUUCGGAAGCGAUCGAGGUCAAAGAAUUAGAGUCGACAAUGCCCCUGAUGAAAGUGGACCUGAACUCCCCGUCAGAACCGGCGCAACCCUCUCCUACAACCAAAGCACCAAAGUCUCCGGACUUGCCAGCAGUCUCUCGGGCUGUCUCGACGCCACUACCAGUCGAGCAAACCUCCUCUCACGAACCCUCCAAGCAUGACGAAGCUGAAUUGACUUUUGACACCUCAUUUCAUGAUUCCCCACCCACGAACGAUCCCCCUUCUUCCCGCCCCGAGUUGCGAACAGCCACUACGAUGCCCAACAUUGGAGCCACUGCUGUCGGAGCCAUGGCCAUGGAGCCCAAUGCUUGGGCGGACGGAGGGCAUGAUGGCGAGAUUUCUAUGACCUUUGAGUAG